AUGCUGUGCGCGAAUGCACGUUUGACAGGUUCAGCAAAAAGAUUGGGAUUGGGGUCUGAUGCGCAUGUGUGGAUGACAUCAUCCCGGCGCGAACUCCAGGGCGCUCUCCCUGACGCCUCCAGAAACGCCGUAGCCAACCACGCACCCACGGCCCUGGCGUGGCAGCGAAAACCCCACUAG